AUGUGGCCUUUCUCCAAACCAAUUCAGAAAUCGGCCACUCCAACUACUCCCACAUCGCCGGACAAGGAUAAGCGCCGCAGUCGCAGCCAUUUUGAGGGCAAACGAAAGAGCAAACACGGCGCGGAGGACCCCGAACAUCCCCUCAAUCUUUAUCUGCAGUCGGGCCAGUUCCCCACCAUGUCCUCGUCCACCGCGAGUCCACGCGACUCCAUCAAUGGCGGCGUGCCGAUAGGUGCGUCGGCGGAUAAGAUGGAGACCACGCCUGCACCCGAGACUGAGGCGCAGGCAUCUGCCGGCGAAAAUGAGCAGGAACAAGAGCAACGGCCGACUCCACCACCGCACCGCACCAAGAGCAGUCCACCUCCGCCGCCUGAGAUCCGGCCUGAGGAGGCAGAAGCAUUCAAAGCGGCGGGCAACAAGUUCUAUAAGGCUGGACAGUAUGCCAAGGCAAUAGAUGAGUACACCAAGGCUGUGGAUGCCAACCCACAAUCGUCGACAUACCUAUCCAAUCGCGCGGCCGCAAACAUGGCUGCGAAUCGUUUUCCCGCUGCUUUGGAGGAUUGCAAGCUGGCAGAUGAGUUGGAGCCAGACAAUGCCAAAAUCUUGCACCGCUUAGCCAAGGUGUACACUGCACUAGGACGACCUCGAGAAGCAUUGGACGUCUAUGAACGCAUACAGCCCACUGCAACUGCCAAGGAUAAGGCCCCGGCGGAAACAAUGCAGAAACACAUUUCACAGGCUGAAGAGAGCCUGAAGAAUAGCACAAGCGGAUCGUUGGCGAUUUUCGGCAUUGACCAGGCAGAGAAGGGUCUCGGGUCAACUGUGCAGCCGCCCCGGAAGUKGAGACUUCUUCGUGGCGAAGCAUAUCUGAAAAUGGGAACGGUCAACAGUCUUGGUGAUGCGCAAAAUGUUGCCAUGUCGCUACUGCGUGCAAACAACGCUGAUCCCGAGGCCCUCGUAUUACGUGGAAGAGCACUUUAUGCACAGGGAGAGAACGAGAAGGCGAUUCAGCAUUUUCGGCAAGCCAUUUCCUGCGAUCCAGAUUACAAGGACGCUGUCAAGUACCUCCGGGUGGUGCAGAAGCUCGACAGGACAAAGGAGGAAGGAAACACGCAUUUCAAAUCAGGGAGGUAUCAGCCAGCUGUGGAAGUCUACACAUCAGCACUCGAGAUUGAUCCUACCAACAAGGGCACGAACUCGAAGAUCUUGAACAACAGAGCAAUGUGCUACUCGAAAUUGAAGCAAUGGAAGUCUGCGAUCGAGGACUGCGAUAAGGCGAUUCAGCUCGACCCAAGCUAUACCAAAGCUCGCAAGACCCGGGCAAAGGCACUAGGCGAGAGCGGCGAUUGGGAAGAGGCUGUAAGGGCGUACAAGAAGAUCGCCGAGCAGUCACCAGACGAGCCUGGUAUUGCCAAGGAGGUACGGAACGCCGAGAUGGAGCUCAAGAAGAGCAAGCGCAAGGACUACUACAAGAUCCUGGGCGUGGAAAAGGACGCGACCGAAACGGAGAUCAAGAAGGCCUAUCGAAAACUUGCUGUCAUUCACCAUCCUGAUAAGAAUCCAGGCGAUCCUGAUGCAGAGAACCGCUUUAAGGAUAUCCAAGAGGCGCACGAGACGUUGAUCGAUGCCGAAAGACGCGAACGAUACGAUAGUGGAGUCGACCUAAUGGAGCCUGGCGAGCAAUUCGGCGGUGGCGGCUUUGGUGGGAUGGGAGGCGGUAUGGGAGGAGGUGUCCAGAUCGAUCCUGAAAUGCUAUUCAACAUGAUGAAUGGUGGAGGCGGAGGCGGGAUGGGAGGUGGAGGAUUUCGGUUUGGUGGAGGCGGCGGUCAUCCUUUUGGCUGA